AAAAAAACAAAUGUAAUAUUUUAUAAUUGACAAUGUUCAGUUUAUUAAAAAUAAUAAUUUCAAUAUAGAAAUUGUAAUUAAAAGAUAAUAAAAAUGUCAAUACCAACACUUGAAUCAUCAGUAAGAAAAUCAUCAGUACAAAUAAGUAAAAAAAAAUUAACUGAAGAUGAAAUAAUUGAUUUACAUCAAGAAUUUACAACAGAUGAUCAUUUAAUAUCAUUAGAAGAUUUAUGUGUAAAAUUAAAUACAAAUAUAAUAACUGGAUUGACAAAUGAAGAAGCUGAAAAACGUAUAAUUGAAAAUCCAAAUGCACUUAGUCCACCAUUAAUAACACCACAAUACGUAAAAUUAUUUGAAUGUAUGUUUGCUGGUUUUGCAUCAUUACUAUGGCUAUGUGCACUAUUAUGUUUUUUAUUAUAUGGCAUUGAAAUAUGGUUUGGCUAUCAAGAUGAUGAGGGUAUUGAAUGGUUUGGUCUUAUAAUAAUAAUAAUAUGUAUUGUAUCUGGUUUAUUUGCUUAUGUUCAAGAAAGUAAAAAUACAAAAAUCAUGGAAUCAUUUACAAAAAUGGUACCGACAUUUGCACUUGUAAUACGUGAUGGUGUUAAAAAAAUAAUACCAACUGAAGAAAUUGUUAUUGGUGAUAAAGUUGAAAUAAAACUUGGUGAUAAAAUACCAGCAGAUAUUAGAAUAAUAAAAUGUUCUGGUUUGAGAGUUGAAAAUUCAAGUUUAACUGGUGAAAGUGAAGCUAUUGCAAGAACUGAUUUUCCAACAGAUUCAAAUCCUCUUGAAUCACAAAAUAUUGCAUUUUUUUCAUCAUAUGCUGUUGCUGGUGAGGGUACAGGUAUUGUUAUUGGUACUGGUGAUAAUACAAUGAUUGGUAGACUUGCUGGUUUAACAACACAAGUAUCAAAAACAGCAACACCAAUAUCAAAAGAAAUUAAAAAUUUUGUUAUGAUUGUUAAAAAUAUUGCAAUUUUUUGUGGUAUAUUAUUUUUUACAUUAUCAUUAAUUGUUGAAUUAAAUUUUAUAAAAGCAUUUACAUAUUUACUUGGUAUGAUUAUAGCAAAUGUACCAGAAGUAUUACUUGUAACAGUAACAACAUCUUUAACAUUAACAGCUAAAAAAAUGGCUAAUAAAAAUUGUUUAGUUAGAAAUUUAGAAGCUGUUGAAACACUUGGUUCAACAUCAACAAUAUGUUCAGAUAAAACUGGUACAUUAACACAAAAUAAAAUGACUGUAUCAAAUUUAUGGUUUGGUAAUGUUAGACAUCAUCUUAUUGCUGGUGUAUGGUCACUUGGUGCUGAACGUGAUUUAUUAUUAGAAAAACCAGCAUUUAAUGCUAUUAUUAAAGCAGCAACAUUAUGUUUACGUGCUGAAUUUAGAGGUGAAUCAAAUAUAUAUACAAGAAUUGAAGAACGUGAUGUUAUUGGUGAUGCAUCAGAAACAGGUAUAUUAAAAUUUUGUGAACAUAUUUAUUCAACAAGAAAAAUACGUUUACAAUAUACUAAAAUUGCUGAAAUACCAUUUAAUUCAAAUACAAAAUAUCAAUUAUCAAUUCAUCGUGAUGAAAAUGGUUAUAAUAUAUAUAUGAAAGGUGCACCAGAAGUUAUUAUGGAUUUUUGUACAUCAAUAUUAUCAAUGGAUGGUUUAACACGUGAUUUAACAUCAAAUGAUAUUAUUGAAGCACGUCAAGCAUGUACUGAGUUAGCAUUUCUUGGUGAAAGAGUAUUAGCAUAUUGUGAUUUACAUUUACCAAAUAGUAAAUAUUCACAAGAUUUUAAAUUUAAUACUGAUACACCAAGAACAUAUAAUUUUCCAACAAGACAAUAUAGAUUUUUAGGUUUAAUUAGUUUAAUUGAUCCACCAAGAGCAUCAGUACCAAAUGCUGUACAUACAUGUCGUGCUGCUGGUAUUAAAAUAAUAAUGGUUACUGGUGAUCAUCCAGUAACAGCAAUUGCCAUUGCAAAAGCUGUUGGUAUUAUUAGUGAAGGUAAUGAAACAAAAUAUGAAAAAGCAUUUAAAUUAGGUAAAUCAUUUAGUCAAGUUAAUCAAUUAGGACGUGAAGCUAUUGUUAUAACUGGUAAUGAAUUAAGAAAUAUGAAUGAUGAUGAACUUGAUGAUAUAAUACGUAAUUAUGAAGAAAUUGUAUUUGCAAGAACAUCACCACAACAAAAAUUAUUAAUUGUUGAAAGUUGUCAACGUUUAGGUGAAAUUGUUGCUGUUACUGGUGAUGGUGUUAAUGAUUCACCAGCAUUAAGAAAAGCUGAUAUUGGUAUUGCCAUGGGAAUAGCUGGUUCAGAUGUUGCUAAAAAUGCUGCUGAUAUGGUACUUAUGGAUGAUAAUUUUUCAUCAAUUGUAACUGGUAUUGAAGAAGGAAGGCUAAUAUUUGAUAAUUUAAAAAAAUCCAUAGCAUAUACAUUAACAUCAAGUGUACCAGAAAUGUUACCAAUGUUAAGUAGUAUAUUAUUUUCAAUACCAUUACCAUUUGUUAUUGAAUUAGUACUUUGUAUUGAUAUUGGUACUGAUUUAUUACCAGCAAUUGCAUUGGCAUAUGAAAAAGCUGAAUCAGAUAUUAUGAAAAGACCACCGAGAAAUCCACAAACUGAUAAGCUAGUUAAUAGUCGUUUAAUAUCAAUUGCAUAUGGACAAAUUGGUAUGACACAAGCACUUGCUGGUUUUUUAAAUUUUUUUACAAUAUUUGCAUUUCAUGGAUUUUCACCAUAUAAUUUAAUUGGCCUGCGGCAUGAUUGGGAAAAUAAAAAAAUUAUUUAUUUACAUGAUUAUUAUGGUAAUCCAUGGUCAUAUGAUAAUCGUAUGAAAUUAUUAAAUGAAGCAAGAACUGGAUAUUUUGUAUCAAUUGUUAUAACACAAAUGAUUGAUCUUUUAAUGUGUAAAACAAGAAGAAAUUCAAUAUUUAAACAAGGCAUGAGUAAUUGGUUUUUAAAUGUGUCAUUUAUAUUUGAAAUAAUAUUAACUUUUAUAUUACUUUAUACACCUGGUACUGAAAAAGUUCUUAAAACAAUGCCACUUGAUUUUUGGUGUUUUUUUCCAUGUUUACCACUUGGUAUAUUUUUAUGGAUUUAUGAUGAAUUUCGUAGAUAUUGUGUUCGUAAUUAUCCAAAUGGUAUUAUAGCAACAGAAACAUACUACUAAUAUGCUUUGUCAUUUAAUUUAAAAAUAGAGUUUUUGUUUAUUGAUUAAAAUAUAUAUUUAAAAAAAAA